AUGACUACAUCUAAAGCUAAAAGUUUUGUUCUAUCAAUAUGUGAUACAGAUUUUAUUUUUGCAUUGACUUGUUUGAGUUAUGUGUUAGAGCGUACCUUGCCAUUAAGUAAAAUUUUACAGUCAUCAACUAUUGAUUUAAAAAAUGCUUCUGAAAUAGUUCAGUGCACUAUAAUUGUACUACAGAGUAAUAGAACUAAUUGUAUUUCUGAGUUUGCUAAAUUGUAUUCAGAAGUACAACAAUUGGCAUCUGGAUUAGAUAUUGAUUUAAAAAUACCAAGAAUCAAUAAAAAACAAACACACAGAGAAAAUUAUAAUUCUCAGAGCAUUGAUGAAUAUUAUUGUAUAAGCAUGUUUAUUCCAUUGUUGGAUUCAAUAAUUGAAGAUCUUAAAAGACGCUUUACAUUACCAAGUAUGGAAGCUUAUGAUUUAAGUUUAUUUAUACCAACAACUUUUUUGCAACAAAAAAUGUACUGUACCUCAGAAUAUCAAGAUAGAGUAUCUAAUGUAUCAAAGAGAUUUUCUUCGAUUGAACCAAAUAUACUACAUGGCAAAACUAUUUUAGGUGAAUUAGAAAUCUGGUGCCAAAAAUGGAAAAUAAUUGCUGAAGAAGGAAUUGAAAAAUGUCCUGAUAAUGCAAUAGAAGCCUUUUCUUCUUGUAAUGCUAAAGUUUUUCCAAACAUCAAAUCGUUUUUACAAAUAUUAUCUACAAUGCCUGUUGGAGUAGCAUCGGCUGAAAGAAGCUUUUCCACUCUUCGCAGGAUGAAAACUUGGUUGCGGUCUGGGAUGGGUGAAACGCGGCUAACAGGUCUUUGUUUAUUACACGUGCAUAGGGAAGUAAAUGUAAACGAAUUAAUACAAUCUGUCAUAGAACGCUUUGCCAAUAAAAAACAGCGACGUUUAGACUUUGUUUUGUAA